AUGACGGCAUCAAAGCGUUCCAUCCUGAUCAUCAACCCUAAUUCCACCGCCUCCAUGACCCAGGGUCUGGAGCCUCUCGUCCAAGCUCUGGGCUUUCAUGAUUCUACCACCCAUGCCUUCUUCACCGCUCCCUCAGGGCCCCCCUCUAUCAACAACGAGCAAGAUGGCGCCGCCUCGACGACGCACAGCCUUCCCGCACUCCGGCCACUGUUGGCUUCGCACGAUGCCUUCCUCGUCGCGUGCUACUCACCCCACCCGCUCGUAGGUGCUUUGAAAGCAGAGCUCGCGCAAAAAAGCAUCAACAAGCCUGUCACGGGUAUUUUCGAAGCCAGCGUCGCCACAGCCUUGCAGGUCAUCGCACCAAAGCAGAAGUUCGGCAUCGUCAGCACGGGCAAGGUGUGGGAGGAAAUCUUGGGGGAGGCGGUCGUAGGAUUUUUGGGCCUGGAAGGAGGAAAGGGGAAGAGGUUUGCUGGGACGGAGACGACAGGGUUGACUGCGACGGAGCUGCAUGAGGUGGAGGCGGGAGAGGUGAAGAGGAGGAUGAUGGAGGCGACGAAGAGGUUGGUCAGGAGGGGCGAUGUUGGCGCUGUGUGCUUGGGGUGUGCGGGGAUGGCGGGGAUGAAUGAGAUGGUAAGGGAAGCGUGCGUGGAAGAGUUGGGAGAGGAGGAAGGUAGGAAGGUGUUUAUUGUCGAUGGGGUUCAGGCCGGUGUAGCGUGGUUGGAGGGAAUGAUGAGGAUAAGUGCCUAG